AUGGCAUUCAGGUUCAGAUAUGGUCACUAUGAGUACGUGGUGAUGCCAUUUGGAGUGACGAACGCACCGACAUUUGUUGUUGUCUUCAUUGAUGACAUUAUUAUCUACUCGAGGACUCGCGAAGAUCAUGCUGAUCACUUGAGGGUGGUUUUGGAUGUGCUCAAAGAACACCAGCUAUACGGCAAGUUAUCCAAAUGCGACUUUUGGCUUGAUGAGGUACAAUUCCUCGGGCAUGUAAUCUCAGCUGAAGGUAUAGUAGUGGAUCCAGCCAAAAUAGAAACUGUGUUGAAGUGGGAAAGGCCUAAGACUGUAACGGAGGUGAGGAGUUUCUUGGGCCUGGCGGGUUAUUACAGGAGGUUCGUGGAGGGGUUUUCAAAGAAGGUGAACCCUUUGACCCAACUCACGAGGAAGGAUCAACCAUUCUUCUGGACUGAGAAGUGUGAAGAAUGUUUUGAGGAGAUGAAGAGGUUCUUAACUACCGCUCCAGUACUCGUGAUUCCUGAUACAUAA